AUGGCUUCCCUCAUCAACGUUCGUCGCGACGUCAAGGACGCUUUCUAUCGCUACAAGAUGGAAAAGAUCGUUACCAAGAUUGAGGGCAAGGGCAACGGUAUCAAGACCGUUGUCGUCAACUUGAGCAGCGUCGCUCAGUCUCUCGCCCGUCCCGGUGCCUAUGUCAUCAAGUACUUUGGCUUCGAGCUCGGUGCCCAGACCAACGUUGACCCUGCCGACGACCGCUGGAUUAUCAACGGUUCCCAUAAUGCCGCUAAGCUGCAAGACCACCUCGAUGGCUUCAUCAACCGUUUCGUUCUCUGCAAGAAGUGCAAGAACCCCGAGACCGACGUCAACAUCAAGGACGGUCGCAUCCUCCUCGACUGCAAGGCCUGUGGCCAGCGUUCCGAGGUCGACCUCCGUCUGAAGCUUAGCGGUUAUAUCCUGAAGAACCAGCUGAAGAAGGGCAAGAAGGACAAGGCCGAGCGCAAGGCUGCCCGCCGCGCGAAGGCCAACGGUACCAAGGAGAACGGACAAGGAAGCGGAAGCGGCGGAGAAGGAUCCGACAACGGCUCCAACGACGCUGACGACCAGGAUGUUGGUAGUGAUGACGAGUUGGAGAAGAUGAAGAAGGAGGCUCCCGAGAUUGACCAGUUUGAGACCCAGGAGCACGAGUGGGCCGUCGACAUGAGCGAGGAGGCCGUCAAGGCCCGUCAGGCUCAGCUCCCCGGCGAGUUCAAGCAGAAGCUCAACAUGGGCGAUGACGAAGACGAGGAUGGCGAGGCCUCUGGCAGCACCGUCUACGACGAGUUUGGCACCUGGAUCCAGGAUGAGGCCACUGCUAAGGGCAGUGUCGACAAGGUCGAUUCGAUUGACAUCUUUGUCAAGGCCAAGGAGCUUGGUAUCGAGACCAAGCACCGCUCCGUCUUGGUUCUGGUGCAGACCAUCUUCGAUGAGAACAUUCUCGCCCAGAUCCCCAAGCGCGCCGGCAUGAUGAAGCAGUUUGUUACCUCUGAGCGCCACGAGAAGGCCCUCCUCGGUGGUACUGAGCGCCUCAUUGGCCAGCUCGCCAAGGAGCACCCCGACAUCUUUGACAAAGUUGUCAAGAUCCUCCAGUUGUACUACAACCACGAUCUCCUCAGCGAGGAGGUCGCCGUCAAGUGGGGUACCAAGGCCAGCAAGAAGUACACCGACCUGGCCACCUCCAAGAAGGUCCGCAAGGCCGCUGAGCCCUUCAUCAAGUGGCUCGAGGAGGCCUCGGAGGAGGAGUCUAGCGAGGAGGACGAGUAA